AUGCCCCGCAGUAGCUUCUCUCGCAACCCCCUCCUACGGGUCUCUCGCCCAGUGUCGGCCUGCUCGCGAUGUCGCUCGGCCAAAGUGAAGUGCGAUGGAAAGCUCCCAGCUUGUACCGCCUGUGAAAAGGCUGGCAGAGAAAGCGAGUGCUCUGCUGCUAACGACCAGUUCGCCCGAGGCAAGGAGAGAAGUUACGUGGCCGCUCUUGAGCUGCGCAUCGAGAAACUCGAGCGCCGUCUGCAAUUCGCCAAGUCGCGCAAAGCCUCGGUCGCUAAUCACGAACACGAUGUUACUCUGACGCAUGAAAUGAAUCGCAAAGAUUCCUUGGCACUGAUCAAAGCCGCCAUUCACCGCAAGGCGGCCAGGAAUCGCGAAAACUCGGAUGUCAAUUCUCUCGUGUCUGAUUUUGGUUACAUGUCCGUCAAUGCUGUUGCUCGUGACUUUGAGCCCGAAGCCUUCAACGUGACGUUUGCCGGCCUCGUCCUUACAGCGACCAUGAAUAAUGCACUCCCCGCGUCGACGGAGCCAGACCUUCCUCCGAAACAAGUCACCCACUCGAUUGUGCAAUACUUCAUGACGCACAUCUACACUCUGUUUCCAUGUUUCUCCGAGACCGCCCUCUUGACCGUCAUUAGCGAUCUCUAUCAGGAAGACCACCGAGUGACACGAGACUCCGACUAUUGGCUCAUGUACAUGGUUCUCGCGAUUGGAUACACUGCCCAGAGCCAGCAGAUAAACGACACCAACUACGAAUGCGGCGUGGAAUACGUCGUCAAGGCUUUGAAAUACGCAGAUCGGGCCCUCGCUCCCGGCACUGGCACGCAGAUUCAGUCAUUGUUGCUGCUGACGAUAUAUUCCCUCCUCGACCCGGCUCAUUUCGAUAGCUGGCAUAUUCUUGGCUUUACUGCCAGGGCCUGCGUCGAUUUGGGCUUCCAUCAAGACCCUCCCACGUCUUCUUCCUCUGACCGUACAGCGCUUGAUAUUCGUCGCCGAAUAUUUUACUCCGUAUACGCUCUAGACCGCGCGAUUAGUAUGGUGCACGCGCGCACUUUUUCAUUCACCGACGACUCCAUCAAUGUGGCUUUCCCUACCAGCCUAGCACAGUCACGAAAACAGUCUAUUUCCGCUGGCCCCAUUACGACUGCCCAGUCCACUGAUCCCGCGCUUCUACUAUUCCAACUCCGCCGCGCCCAGUCAUUCUGGUACCAGGAACUAUAUCAGUCAGAUACAACACCUCUUGUUGACCCCAUUACGUUCCUGUGGCAAAUGUGUCUGGACAUGCGCGAAUGGGGUGAGAGUCUACCCGACACCCUUCCCCUCGGGAUCCGUCGCAUGUUUGAGCAGGAGCUGCGGUACAGCUAUGUGUACUGCAUUGCUCCCUCUGUCCGGGCACCGCAAAUUACAGAUUAUUCUCGCACUCUCAUAUUUGAGCACUCGCUCGAAUAUCUCAACGUAAUGCUCGAAAUUUCCCGCACAGGACUCAACAGCGCGUUUUACACAUACCACGAUGCCUUGAAGGUGUAUUUUAUGGGAAACCAGCUUCUGGCCGUGCUACGUGAUGCAGAAGAAGUGCUUCUGUCCGGACGGCCUGUAUCGCCACCUCCGCAACGGCCUGGCUGCCCGCCCGCACCACCCAUCCCGCGACGCACUGGCCUUCCCGCCAGCAAUGCCAAUGAUGCGCUGGAACGCAGCUUGUGGUGUCUAGAGCGAGUGCACGAGACCCUGUCCAAGUACAGCGAGCGAUGGGAGGAUGCAACGAUGCUCAAGGAAAGCUUUCAGCAAAUCUCUGCUGAUACUGUGGGACGCCUGCGCGAGCUCCGUGCCUUGCGCGGCAUCCCGCCGCAACCUCACCACUCGCCGCAGCAGCAGCACCCACGUCACAACACCAACCGCAGCAACACCAACCGCAACACCAACCGCAACACCAACAGCCGCAACACCAACAACAGCAUCACCAACAGCAUCAUCAACAGCACCAGCAGCAGCACCAGCAGCAGCACCAGCAGCAGCACCAGCAGCAGCAACACCAGCACCAGCAGCACCAGCCGCAACAACAUCAACAGCACCAUCCGCAGCAACACCAGCAACAUCAGCAACACCAGCAACAACUGCAACACCAGCACCAACAACAUCAACAACUCCAGCAACAACUCCAGCAUCGCCCGCAGCAGCAGCUACCGCUUCUCCAGCAGCACGGCCAUGCCUAUGGGUGCCACACAGCAGCAACAGCAGCUGCAGCAGCAGCAGCAGCCGUGGGUCGGCGUCAAUGUUUCGCAGAUGAUGCACGGAGGGCCGCCUCCCCAGCGAUAA